UUAUAUAAAUCUCCUUCCCCCCUCUUCCUUGCUAUUUCUAGCGUUUCAGAGAGAGAGAGAGAGAGAGGCUCUUUGCAUCGGAGAAGCCAAGGAGAAGGGCGAGCCCUAGUCUCCUUUUCUUGUCCUCUCUCUUUACAUCGCUUCUUCAACAAGGUUUAUAAAAGAUGGCUGAUGCUGAGGAUAUCCAGCCUCUUGUCUGCGACAAUGGAACUGGAAUGGUCAAGGCUGGAUUUGCUGGUGAUGAUGCUCCAAGGGCAGUAUUUCCCAGCAUUGUGGGCCGACCACGCCACACUGGUGUCAUGGUUGGCAUGGGCCAAAAAGAUGCUUAUGUGGGGGAUGAGGCCCAAUCUAAGAGAGGUAUCCUCACCCUCAAAUACCCCAUUGAGCAUGGUAUUGUCAGCAACUGGGAUGACAUGGAGAAGAUUUGGCAUCACACUUUCUACAAUGAGCUCCGUGUUGCUCCUGAAGAGCACCCAGUGCUUCUCACCGAAGCACCUCUCAACCCCAAAGCGAACAGAGAGAAAAUGACUCAGAUUAUGUUUGAGACCUUCAAUGUACCUGCCAUGUAUGUCGCUAUUCAGGCUGUCCUUUCUCUAUACGCCAGUGGCCGUACAACUGGUAUUGUGCUUGAUUCUGGUGAUGGUGUGAGCCACACGGUGCCCAUUUAUGAAGGAUAUGCACUUCCCCAUGCAAUCCUUCGUCUGGAUCUUGCAGGACGUGACCUCACAGAUGCAUUGAUGAAGAUCCUUACAGAAAGAGGUUACUCAUUCACAACCACUGCUGAACGGGAAAUUGUAAGGGACAUGAAAGAGAAGCUUGCAUAUGUCGCCCUUGACUAUGAGCAGGAGCUGGAGACUGCCAAGAGCAGUUCCUCAGUUGAGAAGAGCUAUGAGCUGCCUGAUGGGCAGGUGAUCACGAUUGGAGCUGAGAGGUUCCGUUGCCCUGAGGUGCUCUUCCAGCCAUCCCUCAUUGGAAUGGAAGCUGCUGGAAUCCAUGAGACCACAUACAACUCCAUCAUGAAAUGUGAUGUGGAUAUCAGGAAGGAUUUGUACGGCAACAUAGUGCUGAGUGGUGGUUCGACCAUGUACCCUGGCAUUGCUGAUCGUAUGAGCAAGGAGAUCACAGCACUUGCUCCUAGCACCAUGAAGAUCAAGAUCAUUGCUCCUCCCAAGCGCAAGUACUCCGUGUGGAUCGGUGGCUCCAUCCUGGCCUCGCUGUCCACCUUCCAGCAGAUGUGGAUUGCCAAGGCCGAGUAUGAUGAAUCUGGGCCGUCCAUUGUGCACCGGAAAUGCUUUUAAAUAUUCUCAUCAGGUGGUGAGUUCUUCCUUUAAUAGUUGGUUUUUGGUUGUGUCAUGUCAUGGCAAUGCGACCUCGGGUUUGAUUGAAAGAAGAUUGUGCGCCGGUGCUUCUGAGAAAAAUACCUAGAUGACUUUUGCUGCUGCUGCAGCCAAACUAGUAGUAGGUAUUUGUCUAGAUUUUAGAUUGGAAGAGGGUUUUUUUUUUUUUUUCCUAGAGUCCGCCUUGCCUAUUAGUUAGUGUGGAUGCUCUGCAAAGUCAUAUUUGCAGGCAAAAUGGGGCAUGGCUUCUGCUGGCAAGCAGAGCACAAGAGUAUUAUUACUACUCUUCUCCUAUUUUUACCCUUUCAGUGGUAGGAGAAAAAUGCCAGCACCCAUUCUUUUGAUUGUGGUGUGGCUUUUAGUUCCCGCACGUAGCUAGCUGUAGCUGCCUGCUCUGUGUGAUUUCCCCAUUGCUUUUCGUUGUUCUUUUCCUUAUUUUCUAGCAUAUUUCUGUUAAUAUUGUAUGAGAAAAUUUGUUGCGGUUAUGAAUUAUAUAUGAUUAUGGGUUUUGAUUA